AUUUUUUGUUACGUUAAAUUCAACCCUGUAUUGAAUGUAUCUCAUACAACCACUCUGAAUCAAUGAACGGAGGAGUUGUCAAAAAUUUUCACAAACGAAAAACCAGUGGAAAAAGGAUUACGAUAAACUAAAGAUUUUUCAUAUGAAAGACUACUCUUAAUAAACUAAAUUUAAACGAAUAUUUAUUGAAAUUAAAUUAAAUCGUAUUAUCAAUUAUUUAAAUUAUAAUAGUGGGAAGAGUCUAAAGAAACAUGAAGAUGGCGGACAGCACGACGAUUCUGCGAAGAAACAGACCAGGAACAAAAGCGAAGGAUUUCUCUCGCUGGGCAGAUGAACCACUGGAAGAAAUGGAUAGCACUUUGGCUGUACAACAAUACAUUCAGCAACUGAUCAAACGUGAUCCAUCAAAUGUUGAGUUAAUUUUGACAAUGCCAGAAGCUCAAGAUGAAGGCGUUUGGAAAUACGAACAUCUCAGACAAUUUUGUAUGGAACUAAAUGGGUUGGCUGUUCGUUUGCAAAAACAAUGCUCACCUACAACAUGCACACAAAUGACGGCCACUGAUCAAUGGAUAUUCCUGUGUGCUGCACAUAAAACCCCAAAAGAAUGCCCCGCCAUUGAUUAUACACGACAUACACUAGAUGGUGCAGCAUGCCUCUUGAAUAGUAAUAAAUACUUCCCAAGCAGGGUUUCAAUCAAGGAGUCAUCAGUGACCAAAUUAGGUUCAGUGUGUCGUCGUGUUUACCGAAUAUUUUCCCAUGCGUAUUUUCAUCACCGGCGAAUAUUUGAUGAAUUUGAGGCUGAAACAUAUUUAUGUCAUCGCUUCACUCAUUUUGUCACCAAGUAUAAUCUCAUGUCCAAGGAGAAUUUGAUUGUUCCAAUUAACGAAGAGGAAACUGCAACACCUGGAGAGAGUGAAGCUUAGAGCUUUUUUAUUCAGAGCUUGGAAAAUUGUGUGUAAAUAUGUAUGCAACAAAUAAAAGCAACAUCUUUAUAUCCAACACAGCGAACUGAGAACAAAGGCGUAUGAGAAAUGCACAUACAACAGUAACAACAAAACAAUAACAACUAGAAAAAACAUAAUUAGAAAGCAAGUCAUAACAUUAUAACCACAUAAAAAUAAUUAUGAAAAUAUUAAUGAAAAGAAUUUUGAAAAAAUAUGUAUUUAAAUAUUAAAAAAGAACGGAAAUCAAAGCAAUCUUUUUUGCAAAAUUAAAAUGGAAAUGCAAUACGUGUGAGGAAUCCUCGUUAGGAUGUGACAAAUUCGCUUUCUAUAAUCUAUAUAAUGUCUAGAAGAAAAAUAGAACAUUUAAUAAUUUCUCGAUAUAGCAGACGUGCGCUCAAUUAUUUUAAAUUAUAAAAACGCUAAUUAAGAGAAUACUAUUCAGCAAAGAAUACAAUGUGCUAUUUAAAAUUAAAAUUUGAUUUGCUAUAUAGUAACAAAAAUCGACUAUUAAUAGAACGUAAAGCAGUAUAUAGAAAUUGGUUCAUUGUUUCAGUAUCAUUACAUAUAAAGGUAGAUUAAUUGUAAUUUUUGCAAUUAAAAAACAGAACAAGAUUACAAUAAACCAAAACUGCUUAUUCACUCCAUAUAUCCCAAAUUAAUAAAUUCAGAGCAAGCACGUUUUUAUUUUACAUCGAAAUUAAUGUUUUAACUAUUUAUUAGUUGUCGAAAGAACAUGACGAUCGUGAGUGGUUUAUUUGAUCUAAACUAUACGGUAGUCAAUAAUCGUAAUCAUAAUUGUUAAUCUCACAAUUUCAUAAACAGCAUACUGAAGCUAAACGUUAACUUUAUGUCAUUAAAUAUAUUGUUUAUUUUCGAAAUAUUUUAUUUGUAGUAAUUUCUCCAGAUAAAUGCAUAUAAAACCUAUAACAUAAACAAAUUAAAUAUAAUAUAUCGGUAUACUAGAUAUUUUUUAAUAUUCCAACGAAUAAAAAGUGAAUGAUACAUCCAACAAAUUAGCACCCAAAAGUCUAUAUUUAGUCUCCAGUUUUGAUUAUUUAACAACAGAUCCAUAGUAACAACCAUAAUUCCAACAUACAUAAAUUGAAUAUGCGAAAAAAUUUAAUAAACAGCAAUAACUGAAAAAUAUUGAAUAAACCUGUAAUGAAUAUAAAAACUAAAAAAUAAAAAAUACUUAUAUAAGCUAUUAGUUUGAAUACCUUUUUUAAUAUACACACAUAACGCAGUUUAUGUUAUGAACUUAUUUCUUAUGCCUAAAUAGAAAUUACCUCAGAUGUUUAUCACAGCUUUCCUAAUAAAUAUGAUAGCAAGGAA